AUGGCAAAAACUAAUUUUCCAGAUUGGAGUAAUAUUCGAGAUCAUUAUGAAACGUUACAUAAUUUACAACACGAACAAUUAAUUGCCUUACGUAAAGAAAAUCACGGAUUACGCUUAAAACUAGCGCAUGACAACGAGAGAAAACUAAUUAAGAAAAAAGAAUACGAAGAAAAAUUAGAAAAACUUCAAAUACUCGCUAAUGAUGCAAGUGUUCGAUUAAAUGAAGGUAGUGAAUUAAUUAGAAAAUUACAAAGACAUUUAAAAAUUUCUCAAGAGAAACUAUCGGAUAAAACAAAAUCAUUAUUAGAACAAGAUGACACACUACGUCAUUAUCAAUCACAUAAUACUCAGCUCAAUGAUAAAAUAAAUCAAUUAACAGAUGAAAAGAAACAGCUAAUUGAUGAAUAUACGAUACAAAAAUUACAAUUCUCAUUAAAUCUUAAUGAUAAUCAAAAAGUUGAUGUUGCUGUACAAACUUCACCGGCAUUAUCAAUCCAACGUCGUAGCGUUCGAUUUAAUUUAGACAAAGAAAAUUGCUCAAUUGAUCCAAAAUAUUUUCCAUCGACAAUUCUAGUAAAUAAUCAAUCAAAAUAA